AUGGUGAGGCGCCUCCUCAUAAACACAGAGCAACCUGAGCUCCUUGAAGGCAGUGCACAUGCUGGACAAAUUGAACCAGGGAGUGGACAUGUUGUUCUGCGGCAGCAUGCCUCCAGAGGAAUGGAGGCUCCACCCCCAAAUGAGGAUGAGUGGAUGGAUAUGUGUUUUGUCUUUGUGGAUGUGUUUGUGUACUUGCUGGUGUUGGGCUUUGAAGCUGUAAAUAAACUGGAGAGUUUCCUGUCUCCUGUAAUAGCGAGUGUGAUUGGAGGAGCGGAGAAGCUUCAUAGAGGUCAGUGGGGAACAGUGUGUGGUGAUUUUUGGGAUUUGGUUGAUGCUGCAGUGGUGUGUAGAGAGCUGGACUGUGGAGAACCAGUAGAUGCCCUGGGUGCUGCUCAUUUUGGAUCAGGUUCAGGACCAAUCUGGAUGAGUUAUGUCAUGUGUACUGGAUCAGAGUCCACACUGAAGAACUGUGGGUCAUUAGGAUGGGGUAAAAGUAGAUGUGAUCAUUCUAAAGAUAAUGGAGUCAUCUGCUCAGAAGUCAGGUUGGUUGGAGGUUCUCACUGCUCUGGGAGGUUAGAGAUCCUUCAUGAUCAGACGUGGAUGUCAGUGUGUGCCGCUGCCUUUGACCAGCAGGAUGCAGAAGUUGUGUGUAGAGAGCUGGACUGUGGGGCUCCUGUACAGGUGCUGGGAGCAGCUGCUUUUGGCAAAGGAGACGUUCAGAUGUGGACACAAGAGAUUCAGUGCAUAGGAAAUGAAUCUCAGAUUCACUCCUGCCCAACAUCACUAUCAGUCAAAGGCAGCUGUUUUCAUGAGCACACCAUUGACUUAAUGUGUUCUGAAGUCAGGCUGGUUGGAGGUUCUCGCUCUUCUGGGAGUUUAGAGAUACUUCGCAAUCAGACCCGGGGUUUACAAGAGAUUCAUUGUACAGGAAAUGAAUCUCAGAUUCACCUCUGUCCAAUAUCACCAUCACAUGAAAACAACUGUUCUCAUGUUGGACUAGUGUGUGCAGACAUUAUGAGAGUGAGGUUGGUUGGUGGUAACAGUCGCUGUGCUGGUAGAGUGGAGGUUCUUCACAGAGGUCAUUGGGGAACAGUGUGUGACAUUGGUUGGGAUAUGGCUGAUGCUGCAGUGGUGUGUAGAGAGCUGGACUGUGGAGAACCUGUAGAUGCACUGGGUGAUGCUCAUUUUGGACCAGGAUCAGGACCAAUCUGGACAAAUUGCUCAACAUGUAUUGGAUCAGAGUCUACACUGAAGAACUGUGGGUCAGUAGACUGGGGUAUUUAUGAUUGCGAUCAUACUAAAGAUGCGGGAGUCAUCUGCUCAGGCAUCAGGCUUACUAAAAACUCCAGUUGGUCUGGGAGGUUAGAGAUACUUCAUAAUCAGACGUGGGUGUCAGUGUGUGAUGCUGCCUUUGACCAGCAGGAUGCAGAGGUUGUUUGUAGAGAGCUGGACUGUGGGGCUCCUGUACAGGUGCUGGGAGCAGCUGCUUUUGACAAAGGAGACACUCAGAUGUGGACACAAGAGAUUCAGUGCAGAGGAAAUGAAUCUCAGAUUCACCUCUGUCCAACAUCACCAUCACAUGAAAACAACUGUUCACAUGACAACUACCAGGGGAUGCUAUGUGCUGAUAAAAAAAAUGUGAGGUUAGUUGGUGACAACAGUCGCUGUGCUGGUAGAGUGGAAGUGUUUCAUAGAGGUCAGUGGGGAACAGUGUGUGAUCUUGGCUGGGAUAUGCCUGAUGCUGCAGUGGUGUGUAGAGAGCUGGACUGUGGAGAACCUGUAGAUGCUCUGGGUGCUGCUCAUUUUGGACAAGGAUCAGGACCAAUCUGGAUGAGUCUUGUGUUAUGUACUGGAUCAGAGUCAACGGUGAAGAACUGUGGGUCAUCAGGAUGGAGCAAACACGACUGUACUCACAAUUCUGAUUCUGGAGUCAUCUGUUCGGGUGAUAAACCUUCCAGAUUUGUUAAUGGAUCUCAUCUGUGCGCUGGGAGAUUGAAGAUAAUGGAUGAUCAGACGUGGAUGUCAGUUUGUGAUGCUGCCUUUGACCAGCAGGAUGCAGAGGUUGUGUGUAGAGAGCUGAACUGUGGGGCUCCUGUACAGGUGCUGGGAGCAGCUGCUUUUGACAAAGGAGACGCUCAGAUGUGGACACAAGAGAUUCAGUGCAGAGGAAAUGAAUCUCAGAUUUCAUUUUGUUCAUUAUCAUCAUCACACAAACACAACUGCAGCAGUGACAACAUUGUGGGACUGAUCUGCUCUGGUUACACUGAUCUCAGACUAGAAAACGGUUCAGACUCUUGUUCUGGAAGAGUGGAGCUUCAGUUUCUCAAUGAGUGGGGAACAGUGUGUGAUGCAUGCUGGGAUAUGAGAGCUGCCAGUAUCCUCUGUAAACAGCUGAAUUGUGGGAUUGCUGUGUCUGUUGUGGGAUCAGACUGGUUUGGAGAGGGAAGUGGUGAAAUCUGGGCUGAUGUGUUUGAUUGUGACGGGAAUGAAACAAAACUCUCAGAAUGUUCCAUCUCUUCAUGGAGUCGAGCUGAAUGUUCUCAUAGUCGAGAUGUUGGAGUCGUCUGCUCUAAUUCCUCUCUGGCUCGUCAUGAUGGUCUGGUGCGGUUGUCUGGAGAGAGACAGUGUGAGGGGGAGGUGGAAGUUUUCAUCUAUCAGGUUUGGAGGAGAGUUCUGCUGGACUCCUGGAGUCUCACUGAAUCCUCUGUGGUCUGCAGACAGCUGGGCUGUGGCUCUGUGCUGAACUUCUACGGCUCCUCUUCAUCCAGUCCUGAACACAGUCAUGAGUGUGUGACGGGCUUCCAGUGCUCUGGGAGUGAAGCUCAUCUGGGGAACUGCAGCUCUCCACAAACUCUCAACUGCAGCUCCACACAGCAGCUGUCAAUCACCUGCCUUGGUCGCGGGUCCAUCAGGCUGAUGGGUUCUGGGGGAGGCUGUGCAGGGAGGCUGGAGGUUUUUCACAGCGGCUCAUGGGGGACAGUGUGUGACGACUCCUGGGAUAUUAAAGAUGCUCAUGUGGUGUGCAGACAGCUGCAGUGUGGAGUGGCCCUCAGUAACCAGCAGGUACCAGCCUGGUUUGGUCCUGGUUCUGGACCCAUAUGGCUGGAUGAGGUGGAGUGUGAGGGGAAUGAGACGUCCCUGUGGAGCUGCUCUUCUCCAGGCUGGGGAAAACAUGACUGUCAACACAAGGAGGAUGUAGGAGUCAUGUGCUCAGAGUUUAAGGAGAUCAGGUUAACUGAGGGCUGUGAAGGGAAUGUGGAGGAUUUCUAUAAUGGAUCCUGGGGUAAUGUGUGCUGGAACCAGAUGGACAGAGACACAGCGAGUCUGAUCUGUCAAGAACUGAACUGUGGAAGAUCUGGCAGUGUACCCAAACAUUCAGAGGGACUGAAGUCUCGUAACUGGCUUGAUAAACUUAAAUGUCGACGACAUGACUCCACUUUAUGGCAGUGUCCUUCUUCACCCUGGGGUCAAAACUACUGUAAUAACGAUGAAGUGGCAAAGAUCACCUGCUCAGAGGAGGAAAGUCAUGAGUCUCCGCGGAGUCAUCUGACAUGUGCUACCUCAUCAUCUCCUCACCAGAGACAGUGUACAAAUCAUGUUCCUCUCAGACUGAGUGGAGGGGAGGGCCGGUGCUCUGGGAGGCUGGAGGUGUAUCAUAACGCUGUGUGGGGCUCAGUCUGUGAUGAUCAGUGGGACAUCAGCGAUGCUCAGGUGGUCUGCAGGCAGCUGGGUUGUGGAGCAGCACUGAGGGCUGAUGGGAAUUCAGUCUUUGGUGCUGGUGAAGGUGUUGUGUGGAUGAACAAAGUUGAGUGCAGAGGGAAUGAGAUUCACCUGUGGGACUGUCCUCUCUCCCUGAAAAACCACACUGACUGCUCCCACAAAGAGCACGCUGGACUCACCUGUGCAGAUUUGUCAGAUUUGUCAGUGUCCACUACUCCUGCCUCAACAUCAUCAGCUUCUCCUCCAGUUUCUCCUCCAGUGCGCUCAACAUCAGUCUCUCCUCCACAAACUCCUAUGAUGACUGAGGCCGUUUAUGAGGAGAUUCAGCACAGACCCACUAAUAGACACAGUCUCUUCACUCAAAGGGGAAGUGUUGUAUCUGGGUAUGAAGAUGCUGAUGAGCUUCUUUCAGAUGACUUACCAGAAAACUAUGAUGAUGUCGUUAUUGUACCGCAGUUCUGCAAUGAUAAAGCAGUAGCCACAUUUAUAUCAGAAGGUGUUCAGGAGGAGUAUGAUGAUGUGAAGAAUGUCAGGGAAUAUAUGAGUGACAUGUUUGACUAUGAUGAUGUGGAGGAGGAUCCAGUAAAACGGGGAUGGACUGAAUAA